UCUCCCUCUCCUUUCCUCUCUCUGAAAUCAAUAAAAAAAAAAUCUAUUUUUUAAAAAUACGAAGGGAUUUGAAUGAAGAGAAACAUGAACUUGAAACUAGCUAGGUUCAUAGUUCCCAGUUGGGACUCAGGGUUAAUACAACGUGUUCAGGCCACCCUCUUGGCCAGCGCUGGGUACAGAAGUAGGGGCUGCUGUAAAUUCUAGUCCCACCCCGUGUUGACCUGAGUGAGAUGCCCUCAGCCAUAUUCUAUUCAUAAAUAGCUGUAGUUCAAAGCCCCAAGUGCACAGGGAUGGCGCUUCUCAGGGAGGAAGGGCCCAGAAAACCUUGGCUUGCUACACUGUUACUAUCCCCGAUUGAGUUUCUAUGCAAAGUUGCAUGAGAAAAAUAUUCAGCCAUUAGAAUAGGCUCAGAGCUGGCCAGAGCUUUCGAAUUUCCCUUUUUCUGAUGCACAGUCUUUUAGGGGCAGGGGAAUGAACCACAAACCCCCAGGGCUGCCUGAGUGAGAACCAGAAGGGCGCACCUCUCCUCACCCCGGGGCAUAAGCCUGAGCCACGCCUGGCAGUGAGGUGCAGGAAAGAGGAGGGAGACGGCUCUUGCCGCUGACCUUCAAAGGAUGUAGACCGGAGGAGAUCAUGUUACUUGCCCUUGAACUCCUGCCCCUCCCCCUUCAGCUUCCUCUGAAAGGAGUCAGGAAUUCCAUUCACAAAAUGGACGCUUGAAUGAGCCCACUCUCCCGCCUCCUCCCGGAGGUGUCAGGUUUCACCAUCUCAUUCAUAGGUGGGAGUGGAGGGCCGAAGGGACUGGAACUUGAAUGGGUGGCUUCACACCACCAACUCCUCCAGGUGGAGUGGGGAUGUUUCAAUCCUAUGGAACGGAAUCCGAUGGAGUGGAAUGUGCUCUGCUGUCAGAGCUGGGGGGAAAAAAAAAAACCCGGCCCAGUGCCCACUGCCUCUUCCCUAGUUACAGAUCCAUGCAGGCGCUCCCUCCCACCCACUCUCCUUUCCUCCUCUGGUUCCUCCCGCCCUCAUGUAACACACUGGGCAGGGAAUCUGACCUGCUGACCGGAGGUUAGCCCAUUCCAAGGGAGUCUUAGACAUGGACACUGUAUCCUUUCCCCGGAGGUUCAUCUCUGUCCCUGCCUCCUCCCCCUAAACGCACAGGAAACAGCUGCUCCCUGGAAUCCUGGGCCUUGUGGAACAGCUUUACCCAGCCCCAGCUGCUGCCAUCCCUGCCCCCUGGCUCCGCCCUCCAGCUGAAGGGUUCCAGCCUCACACCCCCUCUGGGUGAACUUCCCCUGGGACUGUGAUGUCCCUGGGUGUGCGUCCAUGUACCUACACACAGAGGGUUUCCCCGGACCCUCUCCAGGUGAUGGGACCAUGGGCUAUGGCUAUGAGAAACCUGUGCGACCAUUCCCAGAUGAUGUCUGUGUCGUCCCUGAGAAAUUUGAAGGAGACAUCAAGCAGGAAGGGAUGGGAGCGUUCCGAGAGGGACCGCCCUACCAGCGCCGGGGUGCCUUGCAGCUGUGGCAGUUUCUGGUGGCCCUGCUCGAUGACCCAACGAAUGCUCAUUUCAUUGCCUGGACGGGCCGGGGGAUGGAGUUCAAGCUAAUCGAGCCUGAGGAGGUCGCCAGGCUCUGGGGCAUCCAGAAGAACCGGCCCGCCAUGAAUUACGACAAACUGAGCCGCUCACUCCGAUACUAUUAUGAGAAAGGCAUCAUGCAGAAGGUGGCUGGGGAGCGUUAUGUGUACAAGUUCGUGUGCGAGCCUGAGGCCCUCUUCUCUCUGGCCUUCCCGGACAAUCAGCGUCCAGCUCUCAAGGCCGAGUUUGACAGGCCGGUCAGUGAGGAAGACACAGUCCCUUUGUCCCACUUGGACGAGAGCCCUGCCUACCUCCCAGAGCUGGCUGGUCCUACCCAGCCCUUUGGCCCCAAGGGUGGCUACUCCUACUAGCCCCCAGCAGCUGCUCCCUGGCCACCGGGGUGCUGUCCUGUGUACAUAUAGAUGAAUUUGGUGUUGGGGAAACCCUCACUCUGAAACCCACAGAUGUCUUGGAGCAGGUCCCCACUGGCCUAUCAGCCACCCUGGCCCAGACUCUGAGCCGUGCACCAGAGUCCCUGGGAAGGACAAGUGGAGACACUGCAAGUGCAAGGUGGAGUCAGAAACUCCUGGGGGGUCUCACCUCUGGCCUCUUCCUAGGUCCAUCUUAGAGGCCCAAGUCCCUCCCCCACCCCCCCAUCACAGAGAACAAGAGUUUGUUCUGUUCUGGGGGACAAAGAAGCACCCCUCCUUUAUCCUGGUGCGGAGGAUGCACUGAGCUCCCAGAUCGCCCACUGUGGGGAGGCAGAAGCCUGGAUCUUGCACUCCACUCCAAGCUGUGGCCCUGGAGGGUCCUGCUUGUCAGUUCUUGGUGCUCCGUUUCCCAGAGGCAGGGGCAGGGGAGGGGGCGCUGGAGGAAGGAACGUGGGAUGGGGGCGGGGAUGGAGGCAGGGAGGGCUCGGUUCCUGCUCUGAGGGCCCUUUGCUCUGCCUGUUCCUAGCCCAGGCCUGGGGUGUCACCCUAAUAAAGGCCCCUGCUUCUCCUGUU